AUGAACGCACAGUGGAAAGUUUUCGCAACGAAAUCCGACCAAGGCGAUUUGAAUGACGUGUACGACACGUCGGUGCUGCGUUGGACUUGUACUUGUCCUUCGUACGCCUACGGAGAAUUUCUCCUGUGCAAGCAUCUCGUGCCGCCGCGUUACAAAGUGCGGCAGCUAACGCCGCCUAUGUGGGUGUUUCCUACGACGAAGGACGAAAUGCUGCGGCAAGAGUGCACGAAAAAAUCCAGCGACAAAGAAGUAAACGCACUUAGUGCACGACCCGAACUUAACCACGACACUGUCUCGAUUCUGGACGAAUCGCAGCUGUUGGUAUCCGCGCACGUCGCCCAAACAAUACAUGAACUGUCAUCGUGGCUCAUCCAGCAUGCAAGCGAUAUCCAGCACGCACCACGUCAACUGGCGAAAGUGCAGAAGUUGCUUCAUCCGAUCCAGGCGUACCGCAAAUCGGGCAUGGUCCACAAAGAGCUGACGGACAUCCCCACCACGCUUCUUGACAAGGGAGUCCAACAUGAGAAUGAUAGCAACAUCAUUCGAGAUAUUAUGUUCACGCAUCAAGUCAAAACAGAAGAUUGUGUGGAACGUUCAAAAUGCGGCGACGAGUGGAGCACUAUGCCAGUGCGCCGUGUGAUGGGUAGUGGACCUCGACUCACCAUCGAAGAGCAAGUGGCAGCGCGGACCUUUCGGCUGCAAAAUUCGUACCGAGCGAUUGCGAAGCACUUGGGACGCUCGAAAGAAACCGUACGAGCCUACCUGAUUGCACCGGACAGUUACGACACGAGCCAAAAGGGUCGCAAAGCGACCAAAAUCGUCCACCAAGAAACCUGUCACAGACGUCUCCUGGCAAGUGGAUUUUUCAAGUACAAGAGACGGAAGCACAUGCCUCUUCUCAAGGAAGCACACAAGGUGGCGCGUGUGAAGUACGCGACAGACCAUUUGGUGAACCCUCCCUAUUGGACUGAAGUCAUUUGGUCCGACGAGAAAAAUUUCAAUCUCGACGGACUCGAUGACUUUCAGUACUACUGGGAGGAUUUACGCAAGAAGCCUGUCACGUUCUUCGUCCGAGCGAGCGGCGGUGGCGGCGUUAUGUUUUAUGCUUUUUCGGGUGCUGGCGUGGCCGACUUGGCCAUCUUGGAGGGCCGCCAGGUCUCAGAGAAGUACAUCGACACGUCGGCCAACUAUCUGUUUCCGUGUGCCCAUUCGCACUAUGGUCUGAAUUUGUUUUUCUGCAAGACAAUGCGUCCAUCCACCGCUCCAAGGCAACUACGGAAUUUUUGGAUAGCCACAACGUGA